AUGCACCAUCCAUUCCAAUGUCUCGCUACCUUUGGCGUCACGCAACCCAGUAGUGAUGAGGGGGGUUUGUUUCGUCGUAACAUUCUGUUUGCCGCUAGUGGUCCGCAGAUACUUACAGUGAAUAUCAAAACUGGCCACAUUGUUUCAACUUGGCCACUAGAGGACACAAAAGAACCUGAAGACGAGCAGCCUGGCUCAAAAGAUGAAAAGGGGAUGAAUCUGGCCGCUCGGCCAAAAAUCAUUAAUCUCGUUGCUGUGAAUGAUGGCGCCCACUUGAUUGCUGUCACUGGCGAGGAUAAAUGCAUUCGCGUUUUUGGAGUCGAUGCAGAAGGACGAUUAUCUGAAUUAAGCGAACGUUCCAUGCCCAAACGACCGUGUGCAAUCGGCUUGACUCCCGAUAAUAGAACUAUCAUAUGCGGGGACAAAUUUGGCGACGUCUACGCGAUACCUUUGCAGUACGAAGAACGAAUCGUGACCGACUCUGUCUCCAACAUCACGGAAGAACCCAAGAAGACCUUUGUGCCUUCUGCAUCCGAGAAGACAGUCCAUUCUGCCAGGAAUCGCAGAGCUCUUGAGGAUCAGCGCAAACAAGCACUAGUAGCCAAUGCCAAAGAGCCAUUGAAGUUCGAGCAUCAAUUAUUGCUUGGUCACGUUUCGCUACUUACAGACCUUCUCUCUGUGACUACGGGCAGUAGCAACACCGGAGACUUUCGCCACUACAUUCUUACUUCGGACCGAGAUGAGCAUAUAAGGGUCUCACGGGGCCCACCUCAGGCUCAUAUAAUCGAAAAUUAUUGCCUAGGCCAUGCCGAGUUUGUAAGCAAGCUUUUGCUUGUUACUCCUGAUGUUUUGAUAUCUGGAGGUGGUGAUGAUCACCUCAUAGCCUGGGACUGGAAAGCAGGAAGGAAGUUGGCUCAGCUUGAUCUGAGAGACCUUGUAGUUGAAGCUGGAUUAGAUGGCGAGGUGGACAUAGCUGUAUCUGGCUUGUGGUCGAUAUAUGAUGAGCCUCGGCAACGUUACCUUGUCCUAGUUGCGCUCGAGGGCGUACCGACACUCCUUACAUUCAUCAUGAGCGUCGACAAUGAUAUUGUGACUGUGUCCGGGCGUGCAGUUACAUCAUUGCCUGGAAAUCUCAUCUGUCUCAUCGUUAUGGACAAGUCGAUAGUUGUGUCAUCAGACAGUCUCAAACAGGACAAAGAGACGAGCCACAAAGAGCGUCUAAGCGCAUACACUUUGGACUCAAAUUUCAUAGUUACUGGAAAGUCGUCGCGGGAUCUGGGUGAGAUGUGGCAGAUAGAUCCAGCUAUAGGAGCUACUCUCUCCGAAACGAACGGACACAGUUCUCUAGAGGCAAGCCGCGCGCAAGUCAAUGAGACCGUCUAUAGCAUUCGAAGUUUAAGGAAACGGGGUGGGUAUGGGGAAGAAUCGCAACUGUGA